UACGGUCCCCAAUGACGCGCACGGAAAGCCAUUGAUGCGGCUUUGUAUCAUGAUGUGCUCAGACGGGAAGGUGAAACGUCCGACAAGUGCCUUCCUAUCUCAUGCAAGGCUGGUACGGUGGGCAGGCUCAUCGCACUACAUAUACUCUUAUCAUUUCCCCUCAUCCCCAGUUAUCGUUCCGUUCAACUCAUUCUCCACUGCCUCGUGCGACUCUCGUGCACUUCUCCACUUCCUCGUGCAUCAUCCCUCUCAUACUACACACGAUGCCUUCUCUCUCUCUGCUCGCCGGCGUGGCGCUUCUCUGUAAGACAUACACCUGGCUUGCAAAUAUCUAUGACGACGCUGUAUACUAACCGUCCACCCCCAGCCGUCGCUACAUCUGCUCAGCACCUAUCACAACAAUGCCCGUCAUCAGACAUCUGCUACCAACUCAACAUCCCCGCCGAAACCGCAAGCUCAGGCUCGGGAGACGUCUUCUUCCAAAUCUCCGGCUCGUCAUCCUACUCAUGGAUCGGCCUGGGCCAAGGAUCCCAGAUGGCCGGCUCCAACAUCUUCAUGGUGUACGCCGACGGCAACGGCAACGUCACCCUCUCCCCUCGCCUCGGCACCGGCGAAGUCGAACCCGAAUACAACACGGCGAUGAACGUGACAUUACUCGAAGGCUCCGGCAUUGCGAAUGGCCGCAUGACGGCGAACGUCAAGUGCAGCAAUUGCAACCAAUGGAACGGCGGGUCGAUGGACUUCUCCGACCAGAGUGCCGAGUGGAUCUGGGCUGCGUUAUCAGGCGAUGCGAUCGAUUCGUCCAGCGUCAGUGAAGGCAUGAAGCAGCACAGCGCUCAUGGAUCCUUCUCGUGGGACAUGGCCAGCGCACAAGGAGGAGCGGCUGCGAAUCCUUUCAUCACUACGGACGGCACGCCAGUCUCGGCUCCUCCAGCCCCGCUCUCUCCUGCCACACAGGGACCUCCAUCUGCCAGCGACGCCAUGGUGCUCGCUCAUGGUGCGAUGGCCGCCAUCGUCUUUGUCGCCCUCUUCCCCAUCGGCGCGAUCGUCAUCCGAAUCCCCGGUCUCAAGCACGCCGUCUGGAUCCACGGCGCGGUCCAAGUCUUCUCAUACACCGUCUUCGUCGUCGCAGCAUGUCUCGGCAUCUAUAUCGCGACUAUCCAGGAACAGCUGACCGCCGCUCACCCCAUCAUCGGCAUGGUGCUGUUGGGCGUUCUAUUUUUCCAACCCUUCUUCGGUCUGGUUCAUCACCGCCUGUUCAAGCCGAAGCAGCAGCGCACUGCCUCUUCAUACGCCCACAUCUGGCUCGGUCGCGCGGCUAUCCCUCUCGGCAUGAUCAACGGCGGCCUGGGACUGCAGCUCGCUGGCCCGUUGAGCACCAGUUCCAUCGCGGCGUACGGCGCGAUCGCAGGCAUCAUGGGUGUCAUCUACAUCGCCGUCGCGAUAUGGGGAGACGUUCGACGGAGAAAGGACCAGCAAAAACUCGCGCAGGAGAAAAUGGAGGGGGCCUGACGACUGUUACAUUCAUGAGGCGUGAACGGUUUGAUUUGGCUUAUACAACUUUGCGAUGGUGUUGGGGAUGGGCAUUACUGUUAGACGACAACACGCCACAGUAGACAGUGUUACUUUGCAUUCGAAAUCUGUUCAACUCUACCCUUAC